AUGGAUAUUGACGGCGUAGAAGAGUCGUCGAGGCAGGUGCAAGUCCGAUUCGUAACAAAGUUAAAGCCACCAUAUAAAGCGCCUACAGCUACCCUUGCCAUUCCCACGAAUAUCACCCGCUGGCGCCUCUCCGAUAUAGUCAACAAAAUCCUCGAAGCUGGAGUUGAUGAUUGGCAGUAUCAGCCUUUUGAUUUCCUAAUCGAUGGAAAAUUUCUUCGAAUGUCGCUUGAAGAUUUUCUUCUUUCCAAAGGCAUUUCUGCUGAAAGAGUGAUAGAAAUUGAAUACAUCAAAGUUGUGGCCCCGAGAAAAGAAGAUAUUUCUUUACAUGAUGAUUGGGUUAGUGCCGUUGAUGGUUCACAUGACGGGUACAUUUUGACUGGAUGCUAUGAUGGUUUGGGAAGGAUAUGGAAAGAUGCUGGAAUCUGUACACAUGUAUUAGAAGGGCAUACUGGCCCACUUACUUCAGUUUGUGUCAUCAAUACAAAAGGUAUAAGGAUCAUCAGCAUCACAUGGACUCCCUCACCAGUGCAUUCCACUCCUUCCAAUGAAGAAGACAAGUGGGACAUUGAUGGAUUUGUGAUUUCGAGCCUAACUAUUGGAGAUCGAGACCUCAAUCAAACUGACUUGUCAAAAGUGGAAGAUUCUAAACCGUCCACAGUUCAAGCUAGUAAAGAAGAGAAGAAAUAUCUUGGACCUCACAGAGCCCCACCUUCACAAUCCAAGCUAAAAGAGCUGAAUAGCCGCAAGCAGAGGUUUAAAUAG